AGGCUGAAAUGGGUUGCCUGCAAUAUUGGCAACUUAAUUUCAUCUAGAUUUUUCUUCCUGUGGGAGUUAUUUGCACUGUGUUUUAAGCUCCUUUUCGUGACUCCAUUUUCUUGUCUUUGUCUAUUAGCUAGAAGUAGAAACCAACUUAAUGAUGAUUCUCAUAUUAUAACCCUCUUCAUUUGGAUCAUAUGCCAUCCUUCUCUUUCUUCAUGUCUGUUCAGGGGUAGAAAAAAGAUGGCUUUGGUUCUUCCCUAUGUAGAAAAAAGGAAUCUAGACUUGUCUAUUUCUAGUGCUUCUUCGCUUACCAUUUAGAGAAAAACAAACCAGCCCAUGUGAAAAGAGGGCGUAAAAGUAAGCGUAGAAGUGUUGGUUUUCAUUGGUAUUGAGAGGGCUUUGAACGGGUAAGGCUAGUAAGAAAUUUGAAGGUGAGUUGAUGGAGAAGGUAUCCUCAACAGUUGCUGUUCCAUUUAGGCUAGGAAACUUGAUCCAUGAUGAUUCCACGGUGACAACCCAACUCGAAAUUAACGGGCUCAAGCUAAUAGCAAAUACAGCAACCUUGUUUUCGAAUCCCCAUUCCAAGUCAAAUCUACCUUGUGAAUCAAUUUCUUGUGGAAAUGAAGGUUUCUGCCCUAAGAGUCCACAUGGUGAGGACAGGGGAGCGGAUGAGCUCACAUCAAGAGGUGAUCAGUUUGUUAAUAAUUCAUGUUCUCUAUAUCUGUCUAGAGACAAUAGUAGUACUAUCUGUGGUGAGAAAUUCUCUGGUUCGGUUUCUGAUGCCGUGAUGAAAUCACACACAACAGUGGAUGUUGGUAAGGAUGUGGAUAUGUUUGAUAUUACUGGCAAGGCCACUUUGAGAGAAUCCAGUAUUGCGUGUUUUGGAGGAAAGGGCAGUGAUGGAUCUGAUGAAUCUGGUCCAUGUACAUCCACCUCGCUUGUUGAGGUUUCUGAAAAAAAGACACCUAAUAGAACAAGAAGUGGCCCAAAUGUGUUUGGAUUGGACUGUUUGCCCCUCUGGGGUUUCACAUGUAUCUGCGGAAGGAGACCGGAGAUGGAGGAUGCUGUUGCAGUUGUACCGAGGUUGCUGCAAGUCCCUGUUGAAAUGCUAGAAGAUCAUCAUUACGGCUUGAAUGGCGUGAAUCGAUGCCUAAGUCAAUCGAGGAAUGCCCAUUUUUUCGGGGUCUAUGAUGGUCAUGGGGGUAGCCAGGUUGCUAAUUACUGUCAAGAACGACUUCAUUCAGCCUUGGUUGAAGAAAUAGAGACUGCGAAAGCAGGCUUGCAUAACAGAAGUAAUGGGAAGAGUUGGCAGGAGAUGUGGAAGAAGGCCUUCUCGAAUUGUUUGACGAAAGUUGAUGCCGAGGUUGGAGGAGUUCCCAUAGGAAAUCAUGGAAGCAACUGCGAUGAAUCUAGUGAUAUACCUCGACCUGUUGCUCCUGAAACCGUUGGUUCAACAGCAGUGGUUGCCAUUAUAUGUCCCACCCAUAUUAUAGUGGCAAAUUGUGGUGAUUCAAGAGCAGUUUUGUUUAGAGGAAAAACACCAGUGCCAUUGUCAGUUGACCACAAACCAGACAGGGAAGACGAAUAUGAAAGAAUAGAGGCUGCAGGAGGCAAAGUUAUACAAUGGAACGGUUCUCGUGUUUUCGGUGUUCUUGCAAUGUCAAGGUCCAUUGGUGACAGAUACUUGAAGCCAUGGAUUAUCCCUGAUCCAGAAGUGAUGAUUGUAUCUCGAGCAAAAGAAGACGAAUGCCUUAUUCUCGCCAGCGACGGGCUAUGGGACGUUAUGACAAAUGAGGAAGCCUGUGAAAUUGCGCGGAGACGAAUCCUUCUGUGGCAUAAAAAGUAUGGUGAUACAUUGUCCGCUGAACGAGGCAAGGGAGUUGAUCUUGCUGCUCAAGAUGCAGCAGAGUACCUCUCAAGGGUUGCCCUACAAAAGGGAAGCAAGGACAACAUCACUGUAAUAGUGGUGGACUUGAAAGCUGCAAGGAAGUUCAAGAGAAAAGCCCAAGAGUGAUUUCAUUUUUUUUUUGCACCUUUCUCUCUUCAUAAUUUUGAGAUAUGUUAGAAUAACUUGAAUAUAAAUAACAAUCCUAAACAUAUGAUUCAGCCCUUCAAUUUUUAAUCUGGGCUAAUUGUGAUCACAAUACUAAUGUAUACUGAAAUUUACAGUAUACCAUGAUAUUACAAUAUUUCGUUUCUGAUUUUUCAUCUCCCUAUUCUGAGUUGUGGAUGCAAUAAUCUAUCAGAGAAAAAAAGAAAAUAUGCUCAAUUGUUGUAUCAAGCAUAAGUUUGUAAACCAAGAGAGGGAGAAGGAAAUAAA